AUGCCGCCGUCAGCAGGGUUGCAGGCCACCGAGAGCUUGCCGGCGGCCAAGAAGGAUGCCUUUGUGGCGACAGGCGACGAGGCGUCGCCGGAGGCGGAGACGAAGCUGGCUGCCGGCGGCGAGAGGCCUCUCGUCCUGACGACUCGCAUCUCUACCACUACCAUCAGGCUGUACAGGUUCGUAAUCUUUGUUCGCAUCGGCAUCUUCGUGCUCUUCUUCAUGUGGAGAAUCACCUACGCUGCUCGCCUGAUCAGCUCCACCACCGACGGCGGCAACAUGAGAAAGAAGGCGGCGGCGUUUCGGACGCUGUCCAUCGCCGGCGAGCUCUGGUUCGCGUUCAUGUGGGUGCUCGACCAGCUGCCCAAGACGAUGCCGGUGCGGCGUGCCGUCGACGUGGCGGCGCUGGCCGACGAGUCACUGCUCCCGAAGAUGGACGUGUUCGUCACCACCGCCGACCCCGACAAGGAGCCGCCGCUGGCCACGGCGAACACAGUGCUGUCCAUUCUCGCCGCGGACUACCCCGCCGGCAAGAUGACGUGCUACGUCUCCGACGACGGCGGCGCGGAGCUGACACACGAGGCUGUCGUGGAGGCGGCCCGGUUCGCGGUGCUGUGGGUGCCGUUCUGCCGGAAGCACAGCGUCGAGCCGAGGAGCCCGGAGGUGUACUUCAACGCCGGCGAGGCUGGUGCUACCAAGGGGAGGGUGGUGGCGAGGGGGAGCUACAAGGGGAGGGCGUGGCCGGAGCUGGUGCGGGACAGGAGACGGGUGCGCCGGGAGUACGAGGAGAUGCGGAUUCGGAUCGAUGCGCUGCAGGCCCGGCGCCGGUCUCCGGCGAGCGGAACACGCCUCUGGCGGCGCCACGGCACCGGCGACGACCACGCCGGAGCCGUGCAGGUACUGAUCGAUUCCGCUGGGCGUGGAGCACAGCUCGGCGUCGUCGAGGGGAGUAAGCUCAUCGACCUCACCUCCGUCGACGGGCACCUCCCGGCGCUCGUCUACGUGCGCCGGGAGAAGCGCCGUGGCCGCGCACACCACCGGAAGGCGGGCGCCAUGAACGCGCUGCUGCGCGCCUCCGCGGUGCUCUCCAACGCGCCGUUUAUCCUCAACCUGGACUGCGACCACUACGUCAACAACUCGGAGGCACUCCGAGCCAGCGUCUGCUUCAUGAUUGAACGCGGCGGGGCCGCCGCCGGCCACGGCGCUGGCGCGGUCGCGUUCGUCCAGUUCCCGCAGCGGUUCGACGGCGUCGACCCCGCCGACCGCUACGCCAACCACAACCGCGUCUUCUUCGACUGCACCGAGCUCGGGCUUGACGGCCUCCAGGGCCCCAUCUACGUCGGCACCGGCUGCCUGUUCCGCCGCGUCGCGCUGUACGGCGUCGACCCGCCGCGCUGGAGAACGCUCGGCGGUGUUGCCGUCGACGCCGCCGACCGUACCAAGUUCGGCGACUCGGCGCCGUUCCUUGCCUCGGUACAGGUGGCUCUGCACAGCGAGCCGGAGCAGAGUCACGUCGACGACGAAGACGCCAUUGCCGCGGCCCGUGCGCUCGUGUCGUGCUCGUACGAGGACAGGACGGCAUGGGGCGAGGACGUCGGAUGGGUAUAUGGCACGGUGACCGAAGACGUGGCCACCGGCUUCGUCAUGCACCGGCGAGGGUGGCGCUCCGCCUACUUCGCCGCCGCGCCCGACGCGUUCCGCGGCACCGCGCCGAUCAACCUCGCCGACCGCCUGCAGCAGGUGCUGCGCUGGGCGGCGGGCUCCCUCGAGAUCUUCUUCUCCCGCAACAACGUGCUCCUCGCCGGCGGCCGGCUGCACCCGCUGCAGCGCGUCGCGUACCUCAACACGACGGUCUACCCGUUCACGUCGCUCUUCCUGAUGGCCUACUGCCUCCUCCCGGCGGUCCCGCUCAUCGCUGGCUGCACACCAGACGCCGUGGAGGACAUGCCGCCGACGGCCACGUACGUCGCGUUCCUCGCGGCGCUGAUGCUGACGCUGGCGGCGGUCGCCGUGCUGGAGACGAGGUGGUCGGGGAUCCCGCUCUGGGAGUGGUGGCGGAACGAGCAGUUCUGGAUGGUCUCGGCGACGGGCGCGUACCUGGCCGCGGUGGCGCAGGUGGCGCUCAAGGUCGCGGCGGGGAAGGAGAUAUCGUUCAAGCUGACCACGAAGUCGUCACCGCUCGCCGGCACCGGCGCCGGCGCCGGUAAGGACGACCCGUACGCGGAGCUGUACGCGGUGAGGUGGACGGUGCUGAUGGUGCCGACGUCGGCGGUGCUGGCAGUGAACGUGGCGUCUAUGGCGGCGGCAUGGGCGGAUACGGGUGGCCGCCGGUGGUGGGACUGGGACUCUACGGCGGCGGUGGCGGCGCUCCGAGUGGCAUUCAACGCGUGGGUGGUGGUGCACCUUUACCCGUUCGCACUUGGGCUGAUGGGCCGCCGGAGCAAGGCGUUGAGGCCCAUUCUCUUCUUGCUCGGCGUCGUCGCGUACCUUGCUGUCCGCUUCCUCUAUCUCGUCUUACAAUUCCAUUCGGAUUAA